AUGAAUCCAGAAAAUCUGGAAAACUGUCAGAUUUUCUGUCUUGUUUUAGAUAACGCUAUUGAGAAAUCUUUUCCGGUUGAUAUUGAUAAAGGCAUGACCAUUGGGCACCUCAAAGAGUUAAUCAAGGAGAAGAAAAAGAACGGCUUUGCCAAUAUUAACUCAAAUGAACUGAGGCUGUGGAAGGUGGAUAUUCCUAUUAAUAUUGAAAACAAAAACACAAAAAUAUUUGCUGAAAACAUUAAUGAUUAUAAAGGUGUAGAGUUGCUCCCAAACGCUACUAUAGAAACAGUUUUUCACAAAGAAUCUGAAAAUACUAAAUUUUUUAGCAUCUGUAUCAUCGUGCAACCACCUGUCACUGCUGGAACCUCUGGAUCACUUUUCACCCCAAUGAAGCGACCGGAUGAAUCUCAAUUUUAUAACCAUGAACGUGUUACUUCUCAUGAGAAAGAAUUUUGGAAUGAACUUUCUGACGCAUAUAUUGUUCUUAAACUACCAGAUAAUAUUGAUAAAACUAUGUUCGUGUCUAAACCAUUAUCCGAAUACAUAAGUGUUAAAGAGAACGAAAUUGUGUUGAGUAACUGUAUAAUGUUAAAUGCACAAAAUGAACUAAUACUUAAUAAUAAUGAACCUGUGAUGGGAGAAUUAACAAAGAUUAAAAUAAAUUUUGUGAAAUUUCUACGUCUCCGUAAAUCGCUAUAUGGAAUUGUCUAUGGAAUAUCAACACAGGAUAUAUUAAUAAAGAAGUCAUACUUGCAGAUGAUUGAAAAGAUUGAAUACGAUCAUACUCAUCAUGAAAAAAGAGGUUGUAUUAUAAUUGGAUCACCUGGCAUUAGAAAAAUACACUUUUCGCUAUAUUUAGCUUUUUAUUUGGCUUGUCGAUAUUCCCCAGCAGAUAUAAUCUAUAAGCAGUUAUUUCAAGGUUAUUCCUGUGUUCUUCAUGUCAAACCAAAUAUAAGUGUAAUGAAAAUUCUUGAUCUAACACGUGAAUUUCCACAAGAUAGCCAUAUUAGGAAAUAUUACGCACCAAUUUGGACUGAAGAAAAAAUUUGGACCGUUUGGAAUGUAAAGUAUAAGAAUAAAAUACCUAAGAUUGAUGAUGUAGUCUCUCAAUGUGAUGCUUAUGCUUAUCUUAAAAAUGAUGAUGGAGACUUAGGUGAUAAUUAUUCUGGAAAAGCUAUACAUAUUAUUCUUAAUUCUGAUUUUACAGAUAAAAUAUAUGUUUCUGCUUCAACAGAAAUAUAUGGUAACUUCACGGAGCGUCACUUAACCAGAGAUAGUAUUAAACAACCCGAAGAAAAACUUCACCUUCAAAAUUUGCCACACCAACAGUUUCAUAAUAUUGAUGAAAUAGUUCUAGGAUAUUAUAACAUUCCCGAAAAUACAAAUUUUGAAUCUGUUGACGCCAUUGCGCCUAAUCGUAAUGAAAUUCAUCAUUUAUAUCAAAUGACAACAGCAGAAACACAUGAUAUAAAGGUAAAUAUUGGUCUUUAUAUUAGCUUUGUAUCUACUAUUACAGACUGA